AUGGGUGAAAGUUCUAGUUCAACAUCUCGUAGCAGUCAGAAUGACACUGAGGAUGAUCGGAUGAUUGCUGUUGUACUAUCAGAAGAGUAUGCCAAAUUGGAUGGUGCAGUUGGCACCCGACUUUCCAACUUGGCACCUGUUCCUCAUGUGCCCCGGAUAAAUUCCUUCAUCCCCAACAUAAGUGAUGCCAGGAUGGAUCACCAGCGUCUGCUUGACAGGCUAAAAAUAUAUGGUCUACGUGAACUUAUAGUCUCUGGUGAUGGAAAUUGUCAGUUCCGGGCGAUUUCAGAUCAGCUGUACAAGUCACCUGAACAUCACAAGUAUGUUCGAAGAGAGAUUGUAAAACAGGUGCAAUGCGUCAGUAUCUGUCAUGUGGAAAAGAUAGAGCCUGUUAGGUUUCUAAUUCUCAAAGAUCAUCGUUCCUUAUAUGAAUACUAUGUCCCAAUGAAGUACACACAGUAUUGCAAGGAAAUGGCUAACUCUGGAGAAUGGGGCGACCAUGUUACCUUACAGGCAGCUGCUGACAAGUUUGCUGCAAAGAUAUGUCUUUUGACAUCGUUCAGAGACACGUGUUUUGUUGAAAUUACGCCGCUGAAUAGAGUGCCAAAGUGUGCGUUAUGGCUGAGCUUCUGGUCUGAGGUUCAUUACAAUUCACUGUAUGCAUUUCAGGGUGCCCCGGUCAGGCAUAAACCAAAUAAGAAACACUGGUUGUUCUAGUAGGAUUUAGACAAGAAACGUCAAGGAGAUAAUUAGAUACACACACACACAUAGAGCCAAGCGUUUGCAUGCCCCUUUCUUUUUGCUUACAUCCACACAUAAUUUAUGUUUUUUUCUUUUAUUUUAAGUGACACAAGAAACAAUUUCACCAAGUAGCAUAGAUACAUGAUUUGUAUUAUUAUCUUGACGUCAUUAUAAUUUUUGGGGGUUAGUAUUGAACAACUUCCAUGGAAGAAAUUGAAGCUUAAUCUAUGGAAUGGGGCGUGCAUGUGUCCUCCAUGUGAGCUUCACAUGAUAUUAGUGGUCUGGAA